AUGUCCAUUGGUUUACCUGUAAAAAUAUUAAGAGAAAGCGAAUCUCAUGUAAUUACAGUUGAGAUGAAGACUGGUGAUUAAUUUAGAGGUUAUUUAGCUGAAUCAGAGGUAUAUUUAAGAGGAGCUUAAAUUAGAUUUAUUGUAAUUCCAGAUUUUUUCAAAAAUGCACCGAUGUUUAAAAGAGUUAAAGCUCAAACAAAAAAUAAAAAUAAAACAUUAAUUAGAGAAAAAGGAAGAAAAUUAAGAGAUACUGUUGUUACUCAAAUAAAACAAAAGAAAUGA